AUGGUGGAGGAAGGAGGGGAGGAAGGAGGUGCUUUGGGGUCACUGUUUGGCCGUGUGGACGUUAGCGCCAAGAUCACAAAGGAGUUUUUGGCGGACAUGGCCAACGAUGGUGGGCUUGUCGAUCGAGUUGACCAAGGGGUGGUGGACCUCACAAAGUCGCUCAUGGCGCACCUGAGUGACUCGAACGCCAACUUGACGACCAAGGCUGUUCACGUGAUUGGGGUCGUGGUUGCCAGUGCGGGGCCGUCCAUGGCCAAACUAGCCAACCUCGUGGUGGGGGUGGCGGACAACAAGAAGGCGAUGCGCGCGUUCGUUGCUGCCGUUCGUGACGACGGCGCUCAAGACCCCGUCGGCCGCGCCGAGUUGCUCGGGUGGACCGUGGAGAUGACGCAGACGGUUGCCGGCAAGAUGGAUCUACGCAGUCUGGUCGAAACCACGAUCGACGCACUGUCGGACAAGUCGACGGCCGUGCGCCACAAGGCGAAGCUGCUCCUGGUCGAGUUGUUCAAGAGUGUGGGAAGGGACGCCGUCCAAGUCGGAUACGGUCAAACCGCCCGCACGGCCACCACCGCGUUUGGAGGUGGGGACGUUGAACGCAAACCAACCAAACCCCCUGCCGCCGCCGCCGUGUCCUCGUCGUCGUAUUUUUCCUCUCUCGUAAAGAAUGUGCCUGUCCGAGGCGGACGCACGGCGGCGCCAUCCCCUAAAGCAAACUUGUCCUGCCCGUCGGCUUCCAAACCCACAUCGCCAAAACAACGAUAUACGCCAUUUGGCCAACUAGCGCGCGAGCCUUCGUCGAUGUACAAGUCGUCUCAGCUGAAACAACUGGCGACCCCGCUCAAGUCCCAAACGGCCACGUCAAUUCCGUCGACUUCUUCCGUGUUCCCGCCACCCACGAUGAGCUCCCCCGUCAAACUUCCUCUUCCGUCGUCAUCAUCGUCGUCGGGAAACAUACCCGCGUCGUCGUCGCCCAAGGACACGCUGUUGUUGUUCGUGCCACUGGAGCGUCUCGUGAUGCGCCAGGGACUGACGGUCAUUCCCGGCGAGCUUAAAGCCGGAAAGGACGCGGUCAAGUCGCUCUACUCCCGCUCGUCGAUCGGGGACGACGUGUUCAUUCAGGAAAAACCACGUCAACGAGAUCGUCGUCCGUGUGUGGCAGGUGCUCGGCGCGGCGUAUGGCACAUGGCGUCACUGUGCGUGGUGACUAUCUCAAGCACCUUCCGGCACGCGCCGUAUGUGGGCCGCGUCUAG